GGGGAGCGGAGAGGAAUUCAUCCUCGACGGCCGCGGGGAAGGUGCCCAGCCCGCCCCGGAUGGGCAUCGUGGAACCGGGCAGCGGAGACAUGCUGACGGGCACCGAACCGAUGCCGACGAGUGACGAGAGCCGGGCGCCCGGCGCGGAUCCGCAGCACCGCUACUUCUACCCGGAGCCCGGCGCGCAGGACGCGGCGGAUCGUCGAGGAGGCGGCAGUCUGGGGGCGCCCUAUGCCGGGGGCGCCCUGGUGCCCGCCCCGCCGGGCCGCUUCCUCGGAGCCUACGCCUACCCACCCCGACCCCCAGCGGCCGGCUUCCCCGGGGCGGGCGAGCCCUUUCCGCCGCCGGCGGGCGCCGAGGGCUACCCCCAGCCCGGAGACGGCUACACGCUCCCGGACCCGCGCGCCGGGCUCUACCCGGGGCCGCGCGAGGACUACGCGCUGCCCGCGGGGCUGGAGGUGUCCGGGAAGCUGCGAGUGGCGCUCAACAACCACCUGUUGUGGUCCAAGUUCAACCAGCACCAGACGGAGAUGAUCAUCACCAAGCAGGGGCGGCGAAUGUUUCCAUUCCUGUCCUUUACUGUGGCUGGGUUGGAGCCCACCAGCCAUUACAGGAUGUUUGUGGACGUGGUCCUGGUGGACCAGCAUCACUGGCGGUAUCAGAGUGGAAAGUGGGUGCAGUGUGGAAAGGCGGAGGGCAGCAUGCCAGGGAAUCGCCUGUAUGUACACCCAGAUUCACCCAAUACUGGAGCCCACUGGAUGCGCCAGGAAGUUUCCUUUGGGAAACUUAAGCUCACCAACAACAAGGGAGCCUCCAACAAUGUGACUCAGAUGAUUGUGCUGCAGUCCCUCCAUAAGUACCAGCCCCGGCUACACAUUGUGGAGGUGAACGACGGAGAGCCAGAGGCCCCCUGCAAUUCCUCCAACACACACAUCUUCACUUUCCAAGAAACCCAGUUCAUUGCUGUCACCGCUUACCAGAACGCGGAGAUCACACAGCUGAAAAUCGACAAUAACCCCUUUGCCAAAGGAUUCCGGGAGAACUUUGAGUCGAUGUACGCAUCUGUUGAUACCAGCGUCCCCUCCCCACCUGGAACCAACUGUCAACUGCUCGGAGGAGACCCCUACUCACCUCUCCUAUCCAACCAGUAUCCCGUCCCCAGCCGCUUCUACCCUGACCUUCCCAGCCAGGCCAAGGAUGUGGUCCCUCAACCGUACUGGCUGGGGACCCCCCGGGACCACAGCUACGAGGCCGAAUUCCGAGCCGUCAGCAUGAAGCCUGCAUUCCUGCCCUCUGCCCCUGGGCCCACCAUGCCCUACUACCGGGGCCAGGAGGUCCUUGCCCCUGGGGCUGGCUGGCCUGUGGCCCCCCAGUACCCUCCCAAGAUGGGUCCAGCUGGCUGGUUCCGUCCCAUGCGGACUCUGCCCUUGGAACCUGGCCCGGGAGCCUCUGAGGGACGGGGGCCCGAGGAGCAGGGUUCCCCCUCGUUGUGGACUGAGAUCACCCCCCUCCGGCCAGAGCCUGGUGAUUCAGGACUGGGUGAAGGAGACUCUAAGAGGAGGCGUGUAUCACCCUAUCCUUCCAGCGGGGACAGCUCUUCCCCGGCUGGGGCUCCUUCUCCUUUUGAUAAGGAAGCCGAAGGCCAAUUUUAUAACUAUUUCCCCAACUGAGCAGAGGCUGUGCUGAGAAGACCAUGUUCUUAGAUUGAAGGACGUUGACUGACUUAGAAAACAGGCUCCCAAGGGGAGCCAGGACCCAAGGAUUCUGGGUGUACUCCCUGCUUCCUGGCCCACAAUGAAACGUGACAGGAAUGUCCCCUGCCCCUUCGUCCGCCCAAACUACAGUCACAUACCUGGUGCUGCUUCUGGUCCUGUGGAGAUGGCCCUGUGGAGAAGAGAAAACCCACGAGAGAAGGCCUGGACACAAAAGAGCUUCGUGACUUCUAGUCAGGUGAGGUGCUAGGACUGGAGAUCAAUCUUCCAUGUUGGCGGUCGCCAGACGGUUUCAUCCACACGUGGUCAGCCUUGACUGGAAGAUACGGACAUGGGUUUGAGAACAGUCAGCCAGCCAGAGUGAAGAGGACUCAGGUGACUUUGGGCAGCUGCCUGGGCCCACCUGCUG